AUGGAAGCGAACAAACAAAGCUUCCUGCUAGGCUGUUGCCAAUCCAGAAGCCAGAGGGUGACUGAAGAAACAGUCCUCUGGCGACGAAGGAAAUAUUUGAUGGGUGGCGAGAGUCCGAAGGACCGAGGAUCAAGAUGCCCAGAUCUCGAUUCAACAAGCAAAUCGGCAAAGGAAAACGGGGCCGUCGCACAAAGC